UUUACUUAGUAAUUACUAUAAAUAUAGAUUAAACAAAAUUGAUGUUCCUUUUUGUAUAACCACGUUCGAUAGUCGAUACAGUCAUAUUGCCAACCAGUUGUUAGUUAUGGAGGAUAAAAGAGAUUCCAAUGCAGCAAAACGCGGUGCAUUCCUCGUAUUUGAUGGGAUGACACUGCCACCCUUUCCGCCAUUAAAGAAAAAUGCCGAAGAACGAUUCACUGCCAUCAGGGAUUUAGAGACCAGACCAGAUGACAUCAUAUUAACAGCGUUCCCAAGAUCAGGAACACAUUGGUUGUGGGAAGUAAUACAUAUGUUACUGCAAGGUAAUGCUGAAUAUACAACUGCAGUAAAAGAAACGGCAUUUCUAGAAAUGAUUCCCGAUUUAAAUCCGAUAAACGAAGUGAAGUCUCCAAGAUUGCUGAACACUCAUGUUCCGUUUCGGUGGUUGCCAAAGAAACACCUUUGCGAUGAUGGCAAAAUUGUUCAUGUCAUACGAAACCCAAAAGAUCAAGCUGUUUCCAUGUACAACUUUAUGUUAAGCUUUAGUCCAAUGGUAGCGGCAAAGAUGAGUUGGAAUGUAUUUUUCGAAAUGACUAUGAAAGCACCAGAGAAGUUUUUUGGCGGUUGGUUUGCUUAUGAAAAAGAAUUUGAAAAAGCUUCUAAAGAUGGCUCAUUGAAAACAGUUCAUACUUUAUACUACGAAGAUUUGAAAAUGAAUCCAAUUAAAGAAAUACGAUUACUAGCCGACUUUCUGUCAGUCGAUGUAAAGGACGAGUUAGUACAAGCCAUAGCUGAUAAAUGUACAUUCACAAAGCUUAAAAAGGCAGAUGAAACAUUAAAAACAAAAUUUGACGCAGAUUCAGUUAGUCACUAUAGGAAAGGAGAGGUAGGGGAUUGGAAAAACUAUUUUACAGUUUCACAGAACGAACAAUUUGAUAAUUUAUACAAGAGAGAGAUGGUAGACUCAGAACUUAAGGUCAAGUUCCAAAUCUAAGUUCCUCAAAGGUCAAAUUUAAUAACCGAUUCCUAAACUCUAGGGUACAUUUUAUAUUUAGCAUGACCCACUAAUUGUAGAAAUGUGUUUUUGUCUUUUAACCAAACUUAUCAUUCAAUUUGAAAAUACUCAAAGCCAUGAAUCAUCUGUAGACAUUUAGUACAGUGGAUUAAAGUGUCUAACGUCAAAUUAUGCUGUAUUUAUUAUAAAACUAUGAUAUAUAAAAGGCAAAAGAGAA